CGCGCACAUUCAAUACCCGCGAUGUUCGAUGUGUUGUGAACGUUCUUUAAAGAAAUAUGAAGUAUUUGAUUCAAUAAGCACAUCACGACACUUGAUCAGAUCAUCCGUCAUUUGAUAAGACCAAUGAAUUCCUGCGUCUGAACGACAGAUAGAUACUUCAAACCGCGAUCACUAUCAAUAAUAAUCGUCGUUAUAAUCCAUCACGUGAUGUACCAGUUAAGAAGAGCGGUGACGUCACUACUUCUGCUAGUCAUUCCGUGUACAGCUAUUAAAAUUCGUUUGAAUGGACCAACAUUAAAAUAUGCUGGUCAAAUCGAGGCUCAUAUCAAGGGAGGAUGGAAGAAGGUUUCCUUCGCAUUAUGGGAUGUUAAAGUUGCUCGUAUAGUUUGCAAACAGCUGGGGUAUCCUGGCGUAGAAGCAGCAAUGAAUGGCAACGUAUUUGGUAUAAGCUCAAUAAAUUCAAACAUUUUAAUCAGCUGCCAUGGAAACGAAAGUAAACUAGAUGAUUGUAGGAGGCUGAAUGGUAGUGCGAACGGUUCAGCGGUUCUAUGCACACCCAAAAUAAGUUUUACUUGGCCUGAAAUAAUAAUCACCAGCCUUUGUGGUUUACUUUUACUUGCUUCCAUUGUCAUGGUAACCAUAACGUGCUGCCGAAUCACGCGGAGUGGUCGUCGUAGAAAAUACAAGUAUACCAACCAAAUAACAGACGUGGUUGAAAACACCACUGUUGUUUAUCGAAGUGAAUGCGAAGGUGAGCCUUCUGCUGUCAGUCCGUCAUCAUCGCCCUCUUGUAGCAAUGAAACGGAAGAAGUUACCCCGGAUAAACAUUUUGUGUCAGUUUCAGUACAAACAGAAUGUACGGCGGAUGAUUACGUGCCAAUGAUGAGCGAAUUCAGCUGUCAAAGCAAAGAUGGUGUUGUUUUAGGUAUUCAAAAGUCGAAAAGCAGCAAACGAAGGCGUUACAUGCCUUUGAAAAGAGGCUCGAAGUACUUAGUGCACUUAUACACAAAAUUGACAAAAGAAAGAAACUCACACUUCAUGGAGAAUGCAACGUGGAAUGCAGCCCAACAUAACAGACACUCGACCGCUAGUUCGAAAUACCAAGACAUCGACUCGGAGGAAAUCAUUCAAAUUUGUCAGCGGAAGUCAGUUGGUGAUGAUUAUCAAACGAUUGAUUCAGAUGAUGAUUUUGAAAGUGUUUACUUCAAGGUAAUCGACCCUUGUGACCAUCUAGAGUAUGUAGCCAUUUUACCCGAUGAUGACAACCAUUAUCUUGUGCCAGUUGACGACACGGUACCUGACACCUCUAAUACUUAUAACGCUGAGCUGCCACACCCACCUCUGAAUAUCGAAGGUACAGAUUCCGAGCAAGCUGGCCCUUGUUAUCCUCCGGAGUCAAUCAUGAAUUCCCAACAGCAUGCAUACAGCUAUUGGAUUAAUCAACUUAAAUUGCCACCCACUUUAUUGCAAUCAGUUGAUGAAAGACUUGAGCCAAACAACCAUGAUGUAUACGAUGCUAUUGAAUCAGAUUAUAACGUCCCCAACCAGUUCACAAAAAACAAUGCACUCGAUAAAAAAACCGACUCUCAGCCUUGCAGAAGCACACAAAGAACUGGUGAAACAAACCCUGAUCUGAUGGGCAGCCAAUCAAACAACACAGAAAACCAAAGCGACAAAGAACAGGAUGAAGAAAAAGUCAAACCAACAGCGUUUGCGUUGGCUUUAGAACAAAUAUUGAAAGAGAAAACUGACAGAACAAAAGUCUCUAAAGGUAUUGUUGAACCGCAUGACGAGGAGCACGAUUAUGAAAAUAUCGAAUUACAAAAGGAUGAGAAUGAUAACAUAAAGCCAUCUCAUCCCGCCGACUCCAGCCCGUACGAGUCUCUCGGUGACCUCAAGAGUUGUGGCUACGAAGACGAGGUUGACUUUUCCGUUGUGAGAAGAAUUCCUAUUUUGCCACCGUCGUGCAAGUUACGUAUGAAUCGCGAGGAUCAUGACGACUGAUCUAGUUAAGACUGCCACAUCAAUAUAAUAUCUCCUAUGCUAAAAUACCAUUUUCGAAUGRAUGCUACGACCAAUGUCUUUUUGGUUUGUCGAGAGUAAGUAGAUAAAUUCACGAUUCAAUAACAUCAUACAAAAUCUUCAAAUAACGAUAAAAUAUAGAGCGGAGGGGAUGGGUGCGCAUACUCGGCGCCCUGGUAAACACAUGUAGUCUUUUGUCGCUCGUUCAACGCUCUCAGAAAUAAAAUGAAGUCAAAAACGCGUGAAAAAGGUAAUAGACUUAAGUACGCUCUAAUUGUUUUCUUUUGUGUCUCUUUACGUGGGCUUCCUGUGGAAGACCACGUCUAAAAAUGCAAGUGGACUUUUCUUCAUCAUGAAUAUUAUGCUUCAAAUUGGUAGCGCCUGCGUUGCAGAUGGUCUGCAGUCUCAGUUUCCAUGGAGUUGUCAAUCUAAAUCAAUCAGCGAUUUGUUUUCAUUUUUAACAUGUAUUUUUUUUGUACGUCAGUCGGCCUAGUGAUCGCGAUAUCUAAGGCUUCACUGUGACCAGCCAUGAAUGUAAAUCAUACGACAAAAAAGCAAAGGCUCGAGUAGUACUUAGUUUAGUUCGGUAAAAAAUUAAGAUGUAAUAAAGAUUUCUUGAAUUCUGUCUUGAACUAUUUCAAACAAAUCGUGACUAUCGUGAAAAUGAAAUACGUAUAACUUAAUGGCGGCAGCUGACCAUUGUCACAGCUACAGGAAGCCCACGUAAGCGAUCCAUGAUCGUCUAGUUGACUAUAAAU